AUGGUACCAGGAAACCAAACACAAUUCACUGAACUUAUCCUCCUGGGAUUUUCUGAGACACCUGAACAGCAGGGUCCCCUCUUUGGGCUAUUCUUUGGCAUGUACUUAAUUGCCGUGAUUGGAAAUCUGCUCAUAAUAUUGAUCAUUGGCUCUGACUCUCACCUCCACACCCCCAUGUACUUCUUCCUUUCCAACUUGUCCUUUGUGGAUUUUUGUUUAGUAUCCACCCUAGUCCCCAAGAUGCUGGUGAAUACCUUGACACAAAACAAGGCAAUACCCUAUGCUGACUGUCUUGCCCAGAUGUAUUUCUUUAUGGUUUUUGUUGGUUUGGAUAAUUUCCUCCUGACUGUAAUGGCCUAUGACCGUUUUGUGGCUAUCUGUCACCCUCUGCGCUAUGCAACCAUCAUGAGCCCUAGGCUCUGUGCCCUGCUGGUUCUGCUCUCCUGGAUAUUAAGUCUUCUCUAUUCUCUCCUUCACUGUCUGAUGGUAGCACGGCUCUCCUUUUGUGACCAUGAAAUUCAGCACUUCUUUUGUGAUCUUGAUCAGGUUCUGAAACUCUCCUGUUCAGACACCCUUAUCAAUUACAUCUUGAUAUAUAUUAUAGCUGGAUUGCUGGGUAUUAUCCCCCUCACUGGAAUCCUUUUCUCAUACAGUAAGAUCUGUUCUUCCAUUUUGAAAGUCUCAUCUGCUGGGGGUAAGUACAAAGCCUUUUCUACCUGUGGAUCUCACAUUUCUGUUGUUUCUUUAUUCUAUGGCACAGGACUGGGAGUGUAUUUCAGCUCUUCAGUUACCCAGUCUUCUUGGAAGAGCACACUUGCUUCAACCAUGUAUACUGUGGUGACUCCCAUGUUAAACCCUUUCAUCUAUAGCCUAAGAAAUAAGGAUAUAAAAGAUGCCCUUAGAAGGCUCAUUAGCAGAAUAACUUCCUCUCCAUAA